AUGGCAACAAAGACUACUACUACUACUACUACGACAACGCCUUCUACUCCAAUUGAUUUUUCUAUAACCGAUAAAAAAAUUCAAUUUGGAAAUAAUGAAAAAGAUAUUUUAGCUUAUUGGAAACAAAUCAAUGCAUUUGAAACAAGUAAUAAAUUAUCGAAAGAUCGACCAAGAUAUACAUUCUACGAUGGACCACCUUUUGCUACUGGUCUUCCACAUUAUGGUCAUAUCUUAGCUGGUACAAUCAAAGAUACAGUUACUCGAUGGGCGUAUCAAACAGGACAUUAUGUUGAGCGUCGAUUUGGUUGGGAUUGUCAUGGUUUACCUGUGGAAUAUGAAAUUGAUAAAACACUUGGUAUUAAAGGUCCUGAAGAUGUAGCUAAAAUGGGUAUUGCUACUUAUAAUGAUCAUUGUCGAAAAAUUGUUAUGCGAUAUGCUGGUGAAUGGGAAGAAAUUGUUGAACGUAUGGGUCGAUGGAUUGAUUUUCGUCGAGAUUAUAAAACAAUGUAUCCAUGGUUUAUGGAAUCGGUUUGGUUUAUUUUUAAACAAUUAUAUGAAAAAGGUUUUGUCUAUCGUGGUUUUAAAGUAAUGCCAUAUUCAAUGGGUUGUUGUACUCCAUUAUCAAAUUUUGAAGCUGGACAAAAUUAUAAAGAUGUCGAUGAUCCAGCUGUUUGGGUAUCAUUUCCACUUACACUUGAUCCAACAGUUAAACUUGUUGCAUGGACAACAACACCAUGGACAUUACCAUCGAAUCUUGCACUUUGUGUUAAUCCAAAUUCUAAUUACGUGAAAAUUCUUGAUAAAGCUAAGAAUGAAGUUUUUAUUCUAAUGGAAAAACGUGUAGCUGAUCUUUAUAAAAAACCUGAUGCAUAUCAAGUAUUAGAAACUUUCAAAGGAUCUACUUUAAAAGGAAUGCAUUAUACACCAUUAUUUCCAUAUUUUGCUAAUAUUUCAACAGCUUUUCGUGUUUUAUGUGAUGAUUAUGUAACAGAAGAAAGUGGUACUGGUAUUGUUCAUCAAGCUCCAUAUUUUGGAGAAGAUGAUUAUCGUGUUUGUUUGGCAAAUGGUGUUUUUAAUAAAGAUAGUGGACCUGUUGUUUGUCCAAUUGAUGCUCAAUGUCGAUUUACUGAUGAAGUUAAAGAUUUUCAAGGAUUAAAUGUAAAAGAAGCUGAUAAAGUAAUUAUUAAACAUUUAAAAGAAGCUAAACGACUUGUUCAUCAAUCUGUAAUGAAACAUUCAUAUCCAUUCUGUUGGAGAAGUGAUACACCAUUAAUUUAUCGUGCUGUUCCAUCUUGGUUUAUUCGUGUUGAAGGAAUGGUUGAUCGAUUAUUAGCUAAUAAUAGUAAAGCAUAUUGGGUACCUGAUUUUGUUAAAGAAAAACGUUUUGCUAAUUGGCUUCGCGAUGCACGUGAUUGGGCUAUUUCACGUAAUCGUUAUUGGGGUAAUCCAAUGCCAUUAUGGAUGAGUGAAGAUGGACAAGAAAUUGUUUGUGUUGGUUCAAUUGAAGAAUUAAAAGAACUAUCCGGUGUUUCUGUUGAUGAUAUUCAUCGAGAAUUUGUUGAUGAUAUUACAAUUCCAUCACGAUUAGGUAAAGGUGUAUUACGACGUAUUCCUGAAGUAUUUGAUUGUUGGUUUGAAUCUGGUUCCAUGCCAUAUGCUCAAGUUCAUUUUCCAUUUGAAGGACGUAAAACAUUUCAUGAUACAUUUCCAGCUGAUUUCAUUGCUGAAGGUAUUGAUCAAACACGUGGAUGGUUUUAUACAUUGUUAGUUAUUUCAACGGCUUUAUUUGAUCAACCACCAUUCAAAAAUUUAAUUGUUAAUGGAAUUGUUCUAGCAAGUAAUGGAGAAAAAAUGUCAAAACGAUUAAAAAAUUAUCCUGAUCCAAGGGAAAUUUUCGAAGCACAGGGAGCUGACGCAUUGAGACUCUAUUUAAUUACAUCACCAGUCGUACGUGGUGAAUCAUUGAAAUUCAAAGAAGAGGGUGUUCGUGAUGUUGUUAAAGAUGUCUUUUUACCAUGGUAUAAUGCAUUACGUCUUCUUAUUCAAUCAUGUGAUCAAUUAGAAAUUGAUAAAAAAGUUCAAUUUACUUAUGAUGAAAAACGUUUAUAUUCAUCUAUGUCAUUAAAUACAAAUGU